UCGCUGUCCCCUCCUUGCCGACUCUCCCAUUCGGAGAAAAGGACUGCAGUUUUUCAUGAAAAAACCGUAAAAACCGGAUUAUUUAUCGGACGUUGACAAUGAAAAACGCUUUCUCCCAUUAUCCAUGCUGACUCUUCUCUAAACCCGGCCCAAAUUUCACUCUGAGAGGCCUCUGUCUCUUCAUUUGAAUGCCUCUCACGAUGGCUAAACGAGAAAGCGGCAGCACCAGCCCGGUGGUGCGUCAAAUAGACAAGCAGUUCCUGGUGUGCAGCAUCUGUCUGGAGCACUACCACAAUCCCAAAGUCCUGCCAUGCCUGCACACCUUCUGCGAGAGAUGCCUCCAGAAUUACAUCCCUCCUCAGUCCUUGACCCUCUCCUGCCCGGUGUGCAGACAGACCUCCAUCCUGCCUGAAAAGGGUGUUGCAGCGCUGCAGAACAAUUUCUUCAUAACUAACCUGAUGGAGGUGUUGCAGAGGGAGCAGGACUGCACCCGUCCCGAGGCCUCUAGUGGGUUGGAGUCAGCCGGUGCUGCUACGUAUGCCCCGCCCCUGUCCUGCCCCAACCACGAGGGCAAGGUGAUGGAGUUUUACUGCGAGUCUUGUGAAACGGCCAUGUGUUUGGAAUGCACAGAGGGGGAGCACAGAGAACAUGUGACCGUUCCACUGCGGGAUGUUCUGGAGCAGCACAAAGCGGCGCUGAAGAACCAGCUGGAUGCAAUUCGCAACAGGCUUCCUCAGCUGACUGCAGCGAUAGAGCUGGUAAAUGAGAUCUCCAAGCAGCUAACAGACAGGAAGAAUGAGGCAGUGACGGAGAUCAGCAAUACAUUCGAGGAAUUGGAGAAAGCACUACAUCAGCGCAAGACUGCCCUCAUCACUGACCUGGAGAACAUCUGCGGCACCAAGCAGAAGGUGUUGCAGGCCCAACUCACUGCACUACUACAAGGGAAGGAAAACAUCCAGAGCAGCUGUAGCUUCACAGAGCAGGCACUGAACCACGGCAGCCCCACUGAGGUGCUCCUGGUGCAGAAGCAGAUGGGAGAGCGGAUGGGCGUUCUGGCCCGCCACGCCUUCCCUGAGCAGCCCCAUGAGAACGGCCACCUGGACUGUCAGGUGGAGACUGAAGGGCUGCGCCGCUCCAUCCAGAACCUGGGGGUCCUGCUCACCACCAGCGCCGUGGGACACACCAGCGUGGCUACUGGAGAGGGUCUCAGACAUGCUGUUGUCGGGCAAAAUACCACUGUUACAGUGACCACUAAGGACAAAGACGGUGAGCUAGUAAAGACUGGAAAUGCUGCACUGAGGGCUCAGAUCAGCGGUCCGGAUGGAACCGUCACCGAAACGGACAUAACAGACAACAAGAACGGCACUUACGAGAUCGGCUACACUCUCCGCUCGGAGGGCGAGUUCUCCUUCUCCGUCCUGCUCUACGGGCAGCCUGUGAGGGGCAGCCCCUUCCGCCUGCGGGCCAUCAAACCCUGCGACGCCCCGCAGUCGCCCGAUGACGUGAAGAGACGUGUGAAAUCACCUGGAGGAGGUGGUGGGGGUGGAGGACACGUGCGCCAGAAGGCGGUGCGCAGACCCUCAAGUAUGUACAGCACAACGAAGAAAAAGGAGAAUCCCAUAGAGGAUGAACUCAUCUACAGAGUCGGGACGAGGGGUCGAGAGCGGGGGGAGUUCUCCAACCUGCAGGGCAUCUCUACUACCAGCAAUGGGCGAAUUGUGGUCGCUGACAGCAACAACCAGUGCAUACAGGUGUUCUCCAAUGACGGUCAAUUCAAACUGAAGUUUGGGGUCAGAGGUCGCUCCCCUGGCCAGCUCCAGCGCCCCACUGGCAUUGCAGUGGACAUGAAUGGCGACAUUAUUGUAGCCGACUAUGACAACAGGUGGCUCAGCAUCUUCUCUCCAGACGGCAAGUUUAAGAAUAAAAUCGGUGCAGGUCGGCUGAUGGGUCCUAAAGGAGUGGCCGUGGACAAGAAUGGCCAUAUUAUCACAGCAGACAACAAAGCCUGCUGCGUCUUCAUUUUCCAAUCCAAUGGCAAGCUGGUGACCAAAUUUGGUGCCAAAGGAACAUCAGAGAGGCAGUUUGCAGACAAAACUACUCCAAAUACACCGACAGAGCCAAAGCAGAGUAAAUCUGGCCCUGCCUUUAGUCCCCAUUUUGUAGCCAUAAACAACAAGAAUGAAAUUGUUGUGACAGACUUCCACAAUCAUUCUGUUAAGGUUUACAAUGCUGAUGGUGAGUUCCUGUUUAAAUUCGGCUCACAUGGCGAAGGGAACGGCCAGUUCAACGCACCCACCGGCGUGGCUGUAGAUGGCAAUGGGAAUAUCAUUGUUGCAGACUGGGGUAACAGUAGGAUACAGGUGUUUGACAGUUCUGGCUCGUUCCUGUCGUACAUCAACACGACGGCGGAUCCGUUGUACGGCCCGCAGGGUCUGGCUCUCACGUCAGAUGGCCACGUGGCCGUGGCAGACUCUGGAAACCACUGCUUCAAAGUCUACCGAUACCUACAGUAAAGACUCGUGAUUGGACGAGUUACAAAACAUACUGUAAGCUCCAACAGUCUUCUUCGACAUUUCAUGUUUUCCUUUGCACAAGUCUCUGCACACAAAUUUCCAGCCAUCUGACUAAUGCUGAUGUGAACAAACCCAGGGCUUCAUGAAUGUUGCAUCCCUAUUUGAUCAAUUUGUGUUAACAGCCACUUUCUAAAUGAAUGUAUAUCCAACCCAAGCAAAUAACAGUCGCUGUGUAUAUAACAGUGACUGAGGGCAGCUAUCUGUGUCUUUCUUUAAAACUCUAAAAGCUGCUCGACAAACCCUAAGUUUAAAUCA